AGGAAGAGGUAUAGGCUGCACCUGCUGGCGGGGUGAUUGUAAGCGGGCCAAUAGCGCCAGAGGGCGCUCAGUAUAAAAACAGAGGUGAGCUCCAGUCUGAGACUCGUUGUUUGCUGUGGACACGUCGCGCACCGCGCUUCCGUGUUGAGCCGUCUGUGCGUAGAGUACAGGUGAGGUUGGCUGGCUGCGUAUUUAUAACUGUUUGUACAUCGUAGUCAUAGAGCCUUUUAUCAGCAGAAACGUACGGGCAUAUGUACCUCCACGUUUCAUCGUGGGUGAGGUGGUUCCUACAAUAAGAGUCGACAUCUGAGCGUUCCCAUUUGGGGUACAAGUGAGGAGAGUUCGUCCUGAUCGGUAUGUGGACUCGGUGACAAAUUUUGUGAUUUAUUCCUUUGUUUUAAACUAUUAUGGUUGUUUAGGAAUCUCCACGGAUCAUCCCACUUAAUGCUGCUGCUUUGCUUGGACUGAAUUACCGCUUAUUUAGCGGCCAAGAUCGGCGUGUGGGACACGCCCCUACCCCUCUUCUGAACUUAGGACAAGGAGAGGUUGAUCGCACUGAUUUCGGAUCGAAUUGGACCAGAUUGCUCAUCUUGUUGUGCUUAUCAAGCACAAGGACUUUUUAUGGUUUUAUUUACAUAAUUUUAUCUUUAUUUGCCUGUAUUUUAAUGAUUGACUUUUUCCUUUUUAUUUUCUUUAGACUGCCGGUGGUGCGCUCGGGUCUGGACGCGGCGUCCCUUUUUGGUGUGAUUGAAGUGAUGCGCAUCCAUAGGUGGAGGGAAUAAUAGAGAGUGAGUGACUCCACGGGUGUUUGUUUUGAUUUUUUUUUUUUUGUCUUGGAGCCUACUAUCCAGGACCCGACCGUACCCGCCGGUUGGCAUCAUUGUAUCACCCCUCUACGUGCCAGGAUUCAGUUAUGGAGGCAGAAAUGCAGGACCUGAGAAGCUUAAUUGUUCAGUUGAGAGCUGAAAAUGAGAAGUUGCGCCAGGAACAGGAGGCAGCCAGGCCUGGACCUAGUACUGCACAAUCUGUAGCUGGGUCACAUUUGGAGGGAAGCCCUUCUAUAACGGAGAGGUUUGUUUUUGUGCCACGUGAUAGAAAAUGUCCACUGUUCAGAGGGAAGGGAGGCAUUGGGUUAACCGAGUGGCUUGAGGAAGUACAGGCCUGCAUGAGGGUACGUCAUUUGUCCCCAGCUGAUCAGGCCUUCUUUUUAUUUGAUCACUUGGAGGGAGAGGCACGCGAUGAAAUAAAGUUUCGACCUACCGCAGAACGUGAAGAUCCCGCUAAAAUUAUGGAUAUUUUAAAAGAAUUGUAUGGGUGUUACGAAUCCUAUGUGGCACUGCAGGAGGCAUUUUUCUCUCGCCGGCAGCGGGAUGGUGAAACGCUACAGGAGUUUUCGCUGGCUCUAAUGAGUCUUAUGGAGGCUGUAAAAUCCCGUGCUCCUAGAGAUUUUCAAAAUGCAGCGUCAUUGCUGCGUGAUCAAUUUGUCGAGCAUGUGAGUGAUGGGGCUCUUCGUCGCGAGUUAAAGCAGUUUGUGCGCAGGAAGCCAACAGCCACCUUGCUUGAGGUCAGGGCAGAGGCACUUCGCUGGGAGCGUGAGGUGCGACCAAGUAGUGUACUCAGUUUAAAAUCUUCUGUACCUUUAGCAUUUGGUUCGCAGUAUGGCGUACAGAGCUGCCCUCAAGGGGCGAUUAGUUCACACAACACCUCUGAACUGAGUGAUCUGAGGAGCAUGUUGCAGCAGCAGCAGUCACAGCUUGAUCAACUUUCCCAGAGUAUAGCUCGCUUGCAAAAACCCAGCCAGCAGGGCCGUUCUCGAGACUCUAUUAUCUGUAGGCGCUGCCAGAAGGCUGGCCAUUUUGCUAGGGAUUGUGAUGGGGUUCGGGUUCCGGUACGGGCCUCCGAGAAAUCACCUCAGGUGGCGGAAAACUCUUUCCCACCGAGUCGCUGAGCCACGAUUCGGGUGGGGUAGUUAUCGGCUCUAGGGGUGGGGUUUUUCAGGAAGGUUCUAAUCUGGUGUCAUCGUGUCCACACAUGGCUGUGAGCAUGGGUGGAGUCAAAGUUCCUUGUUUGGUAGACACUGGCUCUAUGGUGUCUACAGUUACCGAGAGUUUUUUUACUCAAUAUUUUGAGUUGUGGGGUCGGGAGAAAUUGCAGUCUUGUCAUUGGCUUCAGCUUAGAGCUGCCAAUGGCCUUGCUAUUCCCUACAUAGGCUAUUUAGAGCUGGAUAUUGAACUUUGUGGUAAGAUGGUUCCUCAGUGUGGGGUAUUGGUGGUCAAAGAUCCUCCUUGUGGCGUAUCAUCACAGGCUCCCGGUGUUUUGGGGAUGAAUGUGAUUAGUCGCUGUUAUGGUGAGCUUUUUAAGCAUCAUGGUUCAACUUUGUUUAACUCACCUGCUGUUUCCAGAGCUCCAGAGUUCAUUAAACAGGCUCUCCAUAGAUGCCAUCAUGCCACCACUCAAUCUCCAGAUGACGGUAAAGUAAAAGUGUGUGGUAAGAAGGCUCACCAUAUUCCUGGGGGCACACUGAAAACUAUACCAGCCACUUGUUCAGAGAGCUAUUCAGGUAAAGCUGUUUUGUUUGAGUCUUUGGAUUCCAGCCUUCCUGCUGGGCUCCUUAUUUCACCUUCUUUGGUCCAGGUCACAAGGGGAACUGCUUAUAUCCCUAUUGUGAAUGUGGGAAUUACAGAUGUGGUUUUACACCCUCGUACCUGUAUUGGUACAUUGAGUUCUGUUCAUGUUGUCAGCUUACCUGCAGGUGUCCAAGCAGUAUCGUCAGAAAUUGCCUCUAUGGGAGAGAAAAUUGUUGCUCCUUCAGUCCAUGAGCAAAUAGAUGCAUUGGAUGUGACUGGACUGUCAGCUGAGGAACAGGGUCGGGUAAGAGCUUUACUUAAGGAUUAUAGCUCAGUCUUUUCUGCACAUGAUGGUGAUUUGGGGUGUACUAAUUUAGUCACCCAUGAUAUCCCUCUUUUGGAUGACACACCAGUUAAACAGCGUUACAGACGCAUACCUCCUUCUGAGUAUGAGGCAGCUAAAGAACAUAUUCACAAAUUGCUAGAGGCGCAAAUAAUUAAGGAAAGCAGCAGCCCAUAUGCUAGUCCUAUUGUGCUGGUUAAAAAGAAGGAUGGGACUUUGCGCAUGUGUGUUGAUUAUAGGCAAUUGAAUGCUAAAACCAGAAAAGAUGCCUUUCCCCUUCCUCGUAUAGAGGAGUCCUUGGAUGCAUUAGGUGGGGCACGCUGGUUUUCCACAUUGGAUUUGGUGAGUGGAUAUAAUCAGGUGCCAGUAUCGGAGGCAGAUCGGCCUAAAACCGCAUUUUGCACUCCAUUUGGCCUCUUUGAAUGGACCCGUAUGCCCUUUGGCCUCUGCAAUGCACCCAGCACCUUCCAAAGGCUGAUGCAGCGGCUAUUUGGUGACCAGCAGUGUAAAAGUCUUCUGUUGUACUUGGACGACAUUGUUGUUUUUUCCUCCACAGUCCAACAACACCUGGAGAGGC